UAGCUGUUCUACAAGAUGGUAAAGAACUUUUACAUCGACAACAUGCACAACAAGCUGUCAGGAAAACUUCAAGAUCUAAAGAAGAAGGAAUUCAUUAUUACCACUGAAGACUUUGAAGAAAUUCUGACACAAAUCAAAGAAGAAAUGAGAACAGAAAAUGCAGCAACCAAAGAGGAAUUUGAGGUGCUCACAAGGAAAUUAAUUGAACUAAAAGCACAGAUGUUGGAAGCUGAGAAAGAACGUACAGAGUUAAAAAGAAGAUUUACUGUUCAUGAGACAGAGCAGAAAGAGGAGAUAAAAAGACUCAAGGUGGAAGUUUCUCCUCAACAAAAACAGUUAGAAAACGAAAAGAUGAAAUCAGAAUGGCAGAAAGAGCUGAUAGCAUCAUACUGUAAGAAUUUGCUAAAAGUACCAGCAAUGCCUUUACUACCACGAGGUCAGAAAUGUAACUUCAGUGAGAUUUAUGUUAGGCCCACUAUAACAAGAGAAAUAAAAGGAGAGAAAGGGGAGACAAAGGAGAUUGAGGUCAAGUCAAUGUCAGAUAUCUUCAUAAAGAAUGACGUGCCUUUGAAACAUAUAUAUGUUCUUGGAGAUGCAGGGUCUGGUAAGAGUAGUUUCUGUAAAUAUUUGGUCAACUGUUGGUGUAUUGCACACAGUGAUGCACAAAAUGUAAAUGAUAAGUUUGAAGGAGUCAAGGAAAUGAAGAAAUUUGAUAUCAUGUUUUAUAUCUCCCUAAGACAUAAUCAAGACAUAGACAGUGUCCAGGAUAUGAUUAAAAAUCAGUAUGAUAUUGACAUUUCAAGCCCAGUUCUCAAAAAGGACUCUGCAAAGAUUAUAAUAUUGCUUGAUGGCUUAGAUGAAUGGUCUUCUGAAAGAAAGUCCUACAAUCAGUUCCAGACAAUGGGUCUCCCAAAACAGGAUGUUAAUAAAGACUACACAAUCGUAACUACAUCACGGCCAUGGAAAGUUCACACCUUAGGAAUAAGUGAGACAGAAAUUGAACAAAUACUGAAUCUGAAAGGGUUUGAUUUGAGAUGUGAAAGGGAAAUGGUAGAUAGAACAGUUUCUCAAUUAAAUUUCAGCAGGCAUGCUAGUAAAGAUGCCAGGGUUUGUAAACGAAAGCUAACAGAAAAGUCCCUGGAAAGUUUAAAACAGCUACCAAUUAUGCUGCAGCAACUGAUUUGUCUAUGGUUUGAUGGUAAACUCGAUAAAACUUCAAAAUGUGCCAUUUACACCGGCAUGUUAGAACUUUUCUUUACCUGGAAUGACAUGAAAACUGCAGGAACAAGUACCCGACUCAUGGAGGGUGCUCAGAAAGUAGAUCUUCCUAAAACCUUAGCUGAUAAAAACAUAUUAAAAUUAAACAGCCAUCUCAUUUAUCAUGUGUCAAAGUUGGCUUAUGAGACACUAUUUAAUUGUCCGAAGGAUAAAUCCUUGACAUUUGACAUUUGUAUGUUUGAUGAACUAGAAAUAUCAGAUGAAGUAAGAGAAAAUUGCUUGAAACUUGGAAUAAUUACAGAAGAUGAAUGUCCAAGUUUAUCUGUAUCAGAACCACCAAGCUCAUUGUUCUCUUUUAUUCACAAAUCAAUGCAAGAAUUUCUGGCUGCAGUGAAUAUUGGUAUCAAUUUCAAUGCAAAAAUGUGUUCAUCAGAUAGUACAGGAAAUGUUGAAUUAGCCAAGAAGUUUAUUAAUGAGGUUUUUCAGAAAUGUUCAACAGUAAAUGACAUAUUAGAGCAGUCAAAUGUUAUCAUUAUGCUAUCUGGUCUAGAACCUAGAUUAGCAACACAUGUUUCAAAAUACAUAUAUGAUACUGUGUCAAAAGACUCUCGUGUUCAGGAAUACAGGAGAACAAUAAGUAGUGACAUUUAUAAUAGAAUUAGUAGGGAUCAUCGUUGUAUUACUGAUAUUCAAAAGCUUAUGUUUGAGUCAAUGGAAGAAUUCAAUGCAGCAUGUAGUAUAGGAAGUAAUCCUGUAUUUUAUAUAGGAGAUUUGGUCAUUGAUAGAUGGGGUCAGUAUUGUGAUAUUGUUUGUUCAGGUAUUGAUCAGCAUCAAAUUGUUCCUGACUCUGUUCUGUCUAUUAAUGUAGAUGACAUCAACACAAAAAAUGUUAAAUUUACAAAAUAUUUACCAAUGUUUCAUCAUCUUGAAAAAAUUGCAAUAACAUAUGACCAUAUAUCACAAAGGUUAUCAAGUACACAAAGUGAUAGUACACAGAGUAAUGAACAGAUGAUUGAUGAGAUGAACAAUUGUGUUUCUGAGACAAUUAAAGUAAAUACUUCAACAUUAAAAUCUCUGUCUCUUGAUGAUGUCUCUUACACUGACAAGUAUUACCCAGUGUGUAAAACAGUUGUUAGUUACCUACCUAGUAUGAUCAAUCUUGUAGCAAUAAGUAUGAGUGAUAUAACAAUGAGUCAUGAUGAUACUACUACAUUUUGUAAUUUUCUUGAGGGAACCAGUCAUCUUGAACAAAUAUAUCUUUUUAAUGUUAAAUGUGAGUGUAAGAAGCAGCAUGAUGUAAAUUUAUCAAAACAUCAACAACUUCAGUACCUUCAUUUGUAUGAUACUGUUAGUGUGAUAGAUGUUGAUACUACAAACCUUGAAAUAUUUAGAUUUAGUGAAUUGAAUAUUAGAAAUUAUGAGAAAAUAUUUGAUAUUAUUACAAAAUCUAACAAAUUAAAAGAACUUGAAUUGGAAGGAGAAUAUAACAAUGAAUCUCAAUUAUAUCAUACCAACAUAACAAAGAGACUAGUCACAGUAUUACCAUUGUUACACAAUCUCAGUAAGCUUGAGUUACAGUAUUGUAGGUUAACUGACAACAUAAUACAGUCACCGUUAGAGAUGAAGAGUUUAAAGAACAUUAAUCUUUAUCAAGUUAUAAUGAGUUUGACAACAUGGCAGAAGUUUGCUGAUAGUCUUCCUGGUAUUCCUCAUAUCGUAGAUGUAUAUGUAAGUGGCUGUUAUAUAACAGGAGAUGGUGAGGAGUUUAAUGAUGAUAGGUUUACAUUAGGGACAUCACAAGGACUUAGUGGAGGGAAGGGAAAUGAUGCUAAACAGUAUGUAAAAGAUAAGGAUCAGUUAUUUCAUGUUAAAUGUGGUGAUGAUUGGUUUGACUUUUCAACAAAAAAGUGAUAAAGUAUACAUGUAGUAUUUAAACUAAAUUAUUGCAUGUUAAAAGAGAUGAUACAUUUAGUUUUUCAUUUUCAAAAAAAAAAAUGAUCUGAAUUUUUAACAUAUAAAGGAAUACAUGCAGUUAACAUGGUGCUUUAUCUACAUGUAAAUUAUUUCAUGAUAAAAGACAUAUAAAAUAGACUUUUCAUUAUCAGCACAGUUAACAUGGUACUUUAUCUACUAGUAAAUUAUUUCAUGAUAAAAUACAUAUAAAAUAGACUUUUCAUUAUCAGCACAGUUAACAUGGUGCUUUAUCUACUAGUAAAUUAUUUCAUGAUAAAAUACAUAUAAAAUAGACUUUUCAUUAUCAGCA